AUGGAGACCUGGGCGCAGAUCCGGUUGAUGAAGCAGCUCCUCUGUGUGCGACAUCCGCGACAGGCUCUGGAUCCCGAGCUCCUGCGCGAGAUCGAGGGGAUUCUGCUGUGGGAGCGGCAGCAUAGGGCUCUUGUUGAUGCUUGCACCUUACCCCAAGUCACUGUAUCUACACCUCAUCCAGCCACAACUACGCGAUCAAUUGUAGGUACAGAUGCAAAAUCUCUUCUAACAACCACAAAACUCUACCUCUGGCAAGGAGACAUCACCACCCUCACCAACCUCACCGCCAUCACCAACGCCGCCAACACCGCCCUGCUGGGCUGCUUUCAGCCCGCGCACCGCUGCAUUGACAAUGUGAUCCACGCGCGCGCUGGCCCAGGCCUCCGGGAGGAGUGCUUCCGCCUCAUGGACGAAGGCCACCGCACGCUCCCCGUCGGCGACGCAGUCGUCACAGCCGGCUACUGUCUGCCUGCGCCGUGGAUCAUCCACACCGUCGGGCCGCAGCUGGAUCCCCACCAGCCCUGCCCUUCGAAGAUCCAGAAGGCGCAGCUCGCGCGAUGCUAUCGUGCCGUGCUUGAGCAAGCAGAUGCCCUGCCUUCACCCGAACACGAAAAGAUCAUUGCUCUCUGCGGAAUCUCGACGGGCUUGUUCGGGUACCCUGUUGCCGAGGCGGCGCCGUUGGCCGUGGAGACUGUGGUUACUUGGCUGCGCGAGCACCCCGAGACGAGCAUCACGGGGGUGAUUUUUAAUACCUUCACGGACAAGGAGACGGUCGCUUACGAGCGAGUUCUCUCGCUUUCGCCCACCGGUGCCCUACUAAAACCCCUGCAGCUGAUAGGUUCAUCGAUGCAGCAAGCCCGCGUGUGGCUCCAAGAAGCAGACACGAUCCUCCUCAGCUGUGGCGCGGGACUGUCGGCCGCCACGGGGCUGGAUUAUACCUCCACCACUCUCUUCGCUAAGGAUUUCCCGGCUUUCCAGGCGUUGGGGUUGGCCAAGUUGUACGAUACGUUUGGGAUGAAGACGGAGGAUUGGGGGUCUGAGCAGGUGCGGUGGGGGUUCUAUUACACGCAUCUGCAGACGGUGCGCACGUGGCCGCGGUCGGCGAUGUAUACUGCUUUGUUGGAGUGGAUGGGGCGGAAAUUUGGGAUGGAUGCGAGAAGGGUGCAUGUUCGGACGUCGAAUGCAGAUGGCCUGUUCCUCGCGCAUGGGCUGGAUGAGCAUGCAUUAUCGACACCGCAAGGCGCCUAUCGCUAUCUGCAGUGUUUGGGCAAUUGUUGUGAGGACGCGGUGGUGGAGUCGGCGCCGUUGCUGGAGAAGGUUGUCGCGUAUGGAGGGCUGGAUGCGGUAACGCAGAGGGUGACAGAUGAGAGGUUCAUCCCCGUGUGUCGGUUUUGCGGCGGGAAGAUGGGAAUUUGUGUAAGGGCCGGAAAGUGGUUCAAUGAGGCGCCUUUUGAAGAGGGGGAGAAGCGAUGGCGGGAUUUCAAGGAGGAUUUCCUGCGGGACUCGGACAGGAAGGUAGUGAUUCUGGAAUUAGGGGUCGGGAUGUCAACCCCCGGCGUGCUGAGGUGGGAGAAUGAGGAGUUGGUGGAAAGUGGCGAAGGGAGGGUUAAAUUGGUUCGAAUAGGAUUGGGCGAUACGGCGGCCGUACCGGCGGAGCUGGAGGCGAUGGGGCUGGCGACUUGUGUAGAUGGGGAUCUGAAGGAUGUGUUGGGGGUGAUUCUGGAUCAGUAG